AUGCAAACACGGCGUCUUAUAAUUCUUGCCCUUGCACUCGUUACAGUCUACCUUAUAUUUCAUCAUACCGAUCUUAAUGUCUUAAUAAUAAAGUAUGAUAGAAUUAGUCCCUAUAAUAAAACCAUAACAUCGUUCAAAACAAACUGGAUCAUACUAUCGAAUCCUAUUCAACUCCAGCAAUAUCUCACCGCUCCCCAACCAAAUGUUUCUGUCAUUCUUACCGGUAAUCAUCCAAGUGUCAACCCGCCUCCCAACAACCUCACCAUCAUUUUUCUCAACUCAAAACUUCUCGCCACACUCUCAUUUCGAACAACAAACAUCAACACCAUUGCCUACCUUCUUGCUAUCAAACAUGGCGCUCGUGUCAUCUAUCAGCUCCAUCCUGACACUCAUCUAUCGCAUCUUCGACUGCGCCACUAUCAAUCGCAAGACAUCCACCAUGUUGCAUUUCGUCGACAGCGAUCACCGUUCGUCAACAUUCUGCCGACGUUCACAGCGGACUUCAACUCUUCGCUGCCAGGUCUCCCACAACAAGAACUCAUCAACAUUACCCAAGACGGAUGGUCCUCCAUCAGAAAGCUGCUUCCCUACGGAGAGACCAUCCGCCCACUCAUUCAACAGCAUAUUCCGACACCACUUGCAACUGGUAGUACUGGCUCAUCUUUUGUUGAUCAUCCAGCAGUGGCUGUCGAACCGAUGACAUUUGCACCGUUCACAUCAACGAAUGUGCUCUUCACUUAUGAUGCUUUCUGGGCAUUGCCUCUACCAGAGACAUACUCACAUAUCUGGCGAAGUUGGUGGGUGCAAAGAUUGUUGUGGGAUGUUGGCGGCCACUUGGUGUUUCAUUCGUCUGCCGUGAGUCGGAUGAACUCGGUGUUGCCAGUAAACUAUGGGCAGACAGUGCAAGAAGAUGAAAAGACAAGCAAACUAGUUCGAUAUCUGAGCGAAUGGACAUCAUCAAAGGCAACACUAGUGGAACGAAUACGGGAUCUGAUGGCGGACAUGGUGAAACAUAAGUUUUGCGAAGUAAGUGAACUGAAAGUGAUGACGGACUGGAUUAUUGAUUUGGACACAGUGCGUUACGCGUUUCCUUCAGUAAUACAAUCGAAAAACUCGCAACAACCACGUCGUCGGCGAACAGCUGUUUGUUUAACAGGACUGAUCGAAUGUGUGGAAGAAGCAUGGAGGAAAACGAGUGAUGCAAUUCGAUUGCAUCUCAAUGGUGAAAUAGACGUAUUCAUGUACUUGUCAUCAACAGAGCCUCUUGUUGAUCAACUACCAACGAUUCCACUACGCACUCGAAUGAUUGAAGCACUUCGAUACUCCAACUUCACAGUUAAGAUGCAAGUGUGGACCAGCCUCCACACAAGUAUGGUUCGUGACUAUGAGAAGAAAUACAAUGUCAAGUAUGAUCUAAUGGUACGGACGCGAGCUGACAUAGAAUUUCUAAAGAUACCGUCCACAUUUGAACGAUCGUCACCCUUUGAUAUUAAUGACACGUUAAUUCUACCGCCUAAUCGCUUCAGUUCGAAAGUGGACGACGGCUUUGCAAUCGGUCCAAUCGAUUCCGUUGAAGUUUACAUGAAUCGAUACUAUUCGUUUCGACAAUGUAUAACACGUGAUCUACAUCCAGAACGUUAUUUAUAUUUCUAUCUAAAUCAUCGGAAAGUAAAAAUGACUAUUGAUCAUGGUACCGUCGUAGCACACAUUCCUCAUUCGCCGAAACAUUGCCACUAA